AUGAAGUCGAUUUCACUCGCUCUAGCUCUCGCAGCCUUCCUCUCCACAGUCAAUGCAUACUGGUCUGGAUUCAACGUUCAAGCAACCCUCGAUAAUGGCGCUUGCAAAACCCAAGCCGACUGGGAGAAAGACUUCAACACCAUGAGAUCACUACCUGGCGGAUACACCAGCAUGCGGGUCUACGCCUCAUCAGACUGCAACACUCUCGCCAAUGCCGUGCCCGCUGCCAUUAAGACUGGUGGCACAAUUCUCGUCGGCGUCUGGACGGAAGACACCGCCCAUUUCGAAGCCGAGAAGGCAGCCCUGCUUAAGGCAGUACAAACAUAUGGAUUCGGAUGGAUUGUCGCUGUUAGUGUUGGUAGCGAGGAUCUAUACAGAGGAGAUACAUCUGCCAGCACGCUGGCCCAUCAAAUCUACGAUGUGAGGGGUAUGCUGUCGACUGUCAAAGGAUACAGCACAGCCGUGCAGGUUGGACAUGUCGAUACGUGGACGGCGUGGGUCAACGGCGCCAAUGCAGAUGUUAUCCGAGCCUGCGAUUUCGUCGGUACGGAUGGUUAUCCAUACUUUGAGAAUACCAAGACCAACGGUAUCGAUCAGAGCUACAACCUGUUCUGGAACUCUGUUCAACAGGUCCGGGAAGUCGUCAAUACUGUCAAAUCCGGAACAUGGGUUUGGGUUGCGGAGAGCGGAUGGCCUACUUCUGGACCUACGGAGAACAAGGCUGUGGCAAAUGUUGCGAAUGCUCAGCAGUAUUGGAGGACGGUUGCGUGCUCUGCCUUCAAGUCUGGGCAUACUUUCUGGUACUCGCUGCAAGACUUUGCUGCUAGUCCUUCGUUUGGUGUUGUUGAUGCCAAUUACAAGCCUCUUUACAACUUGGCCUGUUAG